AUGGAGCCGAAUCCAACCACGAUGUGGAGUUCUAUAGUGAAGAAAGAUCCUCCUUCAAAGCCUCCGGCUACCGAUGGAUCUCCGGCAGCGAUUCUCGGAAUGGUUGGAAGCUGCAAAUCGACUAAGGGGAUAUCUGUGGCGGUUAUUGACGCCAACGCCGUCAUUGAAGGAGGCCAGAGCUUAACCAACUUCGCCGACAAAUUCGUAACCGUCCCUGAAGUACUCUCCGAGAUUCGUGACCCUGCUUCUCGCCGUCGUCUCGCCUUCAUCCCCUUCACUAUCGAAACCAUGGAGCCUUCUCCUGAAUCUCUCAGUAAAGUUGGUAAAUUUGCUAGAGCGACUGGUGAUUUGCAAACUCUAUCUGAUGUUGAUCUCAAACUGAUUGCUUUAACAUAUACGCUCGAGGCUCAGGUUCAUGGCACCAAAAAUCUCCGAGAUAUUCCUCCACCGAUUCAAACUGUUAGAGUAAAGAGAUUACCUGAGAAGGAGUUACCUGGUUGGGGCUCCAAUGUGGCUAACUUGGAGGAGUGGGAAGCAUUAGAAAACGAGGCCGAGGAGAAAUCCAACUCCAACUCCAGAAUCCUUCCGCUUAAGGACCUUAACAUGAAUAUCCUACCUUCGGACAACUGUUCUGAGGCUGGUUCUGUUGCCGAGUGUCAAGAGGAGGAUGACCAUGAAGGUGAGAGGAGGCAGAAGCGAUACCCGCCCAAGAAAACAGAGGUGAAGCUUGAUGGGAAGAUGGUAGUGGAAGGAAUAGAUGCAUCACGUGGCGAAAACGAUGAGGAGGAUGCUGGUGAGUGGAGACCUGCGGUUAGUAGCAGUACUCACAGAAAGUUCCUCAGGAGAAAGGCCAAGUGGGAACAUUACAAUGCCUUGGCUGAGAAAGAAAUUCAGCAAGAUCAAGAAGCUGAGAAAGCUGGUAACUUGACUGAUCAGAUGUCUAAAGACGCUGAUGAAAAGCAUGCGAAAGAUAGCGGAAAGAAUGAGGAGGAGCUUUCGUCCAUCUUAGAAGAUAUGAGGCUGGAGGAAGAUUCACUCCAGGAAGGGCUUGAAGAGACGAAUGGUGAGGAUGAUGAUGUCGAAGCUGAGGGGAUCGAUGUUGCUAGUGAUGCUGGGGAUACCUUUGAGGCAUCAUCGAUGGCGGAUGAUGGUAGCAGCGAGCAGAGCUGGUCGCUGAGAGCCUUAUCUGAGUCCAGUGUAGCUUGUAUUACCGGUGACUAUGCGAUGCAAAAUGUUAUUCUUCAAAUGGGUUUGCGUUUGCUUGCACCCGGAGGUAUGCAGAUCCGCCAACUAAAGAGGUGGAUCUUGCAAUGCCAUGCUUGCUACACAGUAACUCCUGAAAUCGGAAGAGACUUCUGUCCCAAGUGCGGUAAUGGCGGCACUUUACGCAAGGUUGCGGUCACAAUAGGCGAGAAUGGCACCAUCAUAUCUGCGCGUAAACCACGUAUCACACUUCGAGGGACCAAAUAUUCGAUACCAAUGCCUAAAAGUGGAAGAGACGCAAUCACCAAGAAUAUGGUUCUACGGGAAGAUCAACUUCCUCAAAAGUAUCUCAAUCCCAAGACCAAGAAGAAAGCAAACAAACCGGGGGAUGAAUACUUCAUAUCAGACGAUGUGUUCAUGAACCAUCACAGUGAUAGGAAGGCACCAUUGCAGCCUCCUGUGAGAAAAGCUAUGGCGAUCUUCAGCCAGAAACGGAACCCUAACGACAACCACUACUCUCGCUCUAUGCACUGA